GGUGGUGACAAUGAGAUGUGAGAGUCUGUGGUCUUUUGCACGGUGCUCACCGACCGGAAUUGUUGUUGCAGUUUUGUUUUCAGAAGCGCUCGUUAAUUUUGCAUGUCUUGGGUUGAUUUCGAUGAAUGAAUAGAUGACUAAUGAAGUAGAUAAUGUUCCCGAACAAGGCUGGGAAAAAGUGAGGAAGGAGAAGUGUGAUGUUUAAGGAGUGAGAUAAAGCUAGUGCCUUUUCCGCUGGAGAAGUUGGAGGAGACUGGUUCCGGAAUCUGCGAGUCCAGGAGCAGGGAAUGCCGCUGCUGAGUCCCGCAGCGCUGACCUCGCUGCUGCUCUGCACCGCUCAGGUGCCACUGGCUUGGGCACUGGCGUUGAGCUUUGGGCGAUAUUGCCCGCCGCUGGACCGGGCACUCCUGGGUUGGCUCUUCUAUGAUGCGAUCGUGCACUUCACCCUGAAAGGCCCAUUUGUUUACAUGUCUUUAGUGGGGACUGUGGCACAAUCUGAUAAUAUCGUUUCUUUCCUAUGGCAAGAGUAUGGGAAAGCAGAUGCAAGAUGGCUUCAUUCAGAUCCGACAAUUGUAUCAUUAGAAAUCCUGACUGUGACACUGGAUGGGAUUUUAAUUCUGCUUCUCAUUCAUGCCAUUGUGAAAGAUAAAUACUACAGGCACUUCGUACAAAUCGCACUCUGCGUUUGUGAACUCUUUGGUGGCUGCAUGACCUUCUGCCCCGAGUGGCUCAUUGGGAGCCCCAACUUAAAUACCAGCAACUGGCUUUAUCUCUGGGUCUAUCUAGUUUUCUUUAACAUGAUCUGGGUGGUUGUACCAGGGCUACUCCUAUUGCAGUCUUGGCGAGGUCUCCAGGAAAUGCACCAAAACAGAUAUGUGAAAAAGUCAACAUAAACAGUUUUGUUGCUACUUCAUCUAACAAGCAAUUAGAUCCAAGCUUUGUGGGUUUUUAAAAAAAUGUUAGCAGACUUCCAUGUUUGAUUAUUUUGUUUGACAUCGAGUUUGGUUUCAGUUAAGGCUAAAUUCAUUUUUCGGCAUAAACAAUAUUUUCUCUCAAAAAUCACAAAAUACUAAAUGUAUACGGGGAAAAUUGUAAGAUUUAUUUUCAAUUGUUAAGAAAGAAUCUACAUUUAUAUGAUACUUGUUGUUAUCUAAUAUUGUCUAGCUCACAGCCAAGUGCAAGUGAGGUAUGUGUUAUGGUUAUAUAAUUGAGUAUAAUUAGUUGGGAAUAUGAUUGACUGUGUAUGUAUCAGAUGUGUAUCUCUGAGUUUUUGGAACAAGUAGUAAGUUUGGGCGGCAUGGUGGCACAGUGGUUAGCACUGCUGCCUCACAGCGCCAGAUACCCGGGUUCAGUUCCCGCCUCAGGUGACUGACUGUGUGGAGUUUGCACAUUCUCCCCGUGUCUGCGUGGGUUUCCUCUGGGUGCUCCAGUUUCCUCCCACAGUCCAAAGAUGUGCGGGUCAGGUGAAUUGGCCAUGCUAAAUUGCCUGUAGUGUUAGGUAAGGGGUAAAUGUAGGGGUAUGGGUGGGUUGCGCUUAGGUGGGUCGGUGUGGACUUGUUGGGCCAAAGGGCCUGUUUCCACACUGUAAGUAAUCUAAUCUAAUCUAGGGGUGGAAGCUGGUGAUAUGAGUUGGAAUAAAACUCUGACCACAAAAACACGCUGAGACUCUGCCUUACAAACAUUGUAAUCUCUGGUGUUUAUCAUUCGUGAAUUUGGGGCAUCCUAAAUUGAUUUAGGAGAACUUUUAAGGUUUGGUCUGUGUUGUAAGGUAGGAAACAUGGCAAUUUGAACAAAGCAAGAACUAACCUCCAAAACAGCAAUAAUGUAAUAACCAGAUUAGUGAUUUGGUGUUGUUGGUUAAGAAUAAAUUAUUGGUCAGAACAAUGGGGGAGAACUUCAGCUUCUGAUUCAGAUGUUUAUAUAUUCAAGUUGCCUGCAAAAUUUAAGUGUACAGUGCAGGCUGAGGCUGUACCAGGGGACUGCCGCAUUGGUGAAGGUGAUACCUUUUAAAUGAACCCUUAAAAUCAGACUCUAUUACUUGGUCAGAUGGACAGAAAGAUCCCAUGGUACUUCAAAUAGCUUUUUUGUGCAUGUGCAAACCAGAAGUAAUCUCUCAAGAACCACCAUCCGCCAGAGAUUAAUUUUUUUUGUGCACAAAGUGCAGUGUUUGACAACAUAAUUGUUAGUACACAUGAAAGGUAAACCAUUUAGCCACUUUGGGGAAUUUUUAGUGUGUGAAAAGCAUGAUCCUUUAAAAUAUGUUUUCACACAAUCUAAGAUGUACAUGUGGAUCAUUAAUUGUUUCCUGAGUGUUUUACAAGAAAACCUUUGUUGAGUUUUAUGCAUUUGAUGCAGUAAUCUACAAGUAUGGACUUUGUGAAUGAACCUCCUCAGGACACAGAGAGGAUGAGACAGUCCCUACCACGUAGUAGGUGUUGGAAUGCCAUCUUGACUCAAACCCAAAGAAUUUGCAGGCUGCCAUUGCUGAUACCUUUAUGUUGUUUCAGUUUUAACAAUUCCUUUGGAAUUCUUAUUUUGCAUGGUGAUUUAUUGGUUUCAUCCUAAAACUAUAAAGCUUUUUCAUGUUUUCAACAUUUUUAUAUUGAAUGGGAUUUUGUGGGUUUUACACAGUAAUGAAACAGGCCAUUUGGCCCAAUCAGUCAAUGCUGCUGUUUAUGCUCCACUUCAGCCUUCUUCCAUGUUCACUCAUUUCAGUCUACCCUUCUUUCUCAUAUGCAUGCUUAGCUUCAUCUUAAUUGCAUCUAUAUUUGAACCGUUCCAUAUGGUAGCGGCUUCUACAUUCUCACAUCUUUGGGUGAAGAUGUUUCUUCUGAAUUCCUGAUUGGAUUUAGGACAAAAAACAAUUCAGCAUAGGAACAGAUCCUUCGGUCCUCCAAACCUGUACUGACACAUUUGCCCUUCCAUACUAAAAUUGCCUUCACAUGCAGGAUCCAUUUCCCUCUAUUUCCUUUUCUUGCUCACUCUCACUUGGAGAUUUCCCCACAGGAGGAAAUAUUCCUUCUGUAUCUACUCUGGCAAAUGAUUCAUAAUUUUAAUGACCGCAAACGUUUCCUUGAGGUUUUUAUUUCAACAGUGAGCCAGUUUGCUUUUCUGGUGUGUGUACCCAGGCUUUCUGGUAUCUUCCUUGCAUGUCUCCUCUGCACCAUCACCAGUGCCUCACAUACUCUUUUUAUAUUAUGGCAACCAGAACUGCCAGACAUUAACUUUACUAAAGGAGAGAGUGAGGACUGCAGAUGUUGGAGAUCAGAGGCUGAAAGUGUGGCGCUGGAAAAGCAAAGCCGAUCAGGUAGCAUCUGAGGAGCAGCAGGGUCGACACUUCGAGCAUAAGCUCUUCAUCAGGACUUUACUGUAGUCCAGUCAAUACAUGAUUAGAAUUACUUCCCUACUUUGUUAUUCUAUCCUCCAGAAAUAAACCCUCAUGCUUAAUUUGCUUGCUAACUAACCUUGCAUUACUAAUCUGUGGAAACCUUCUGUCGUUAAUUCAAAAUACAUACAAUUACAUCAAUCUGUUGUGACAUGUUGCUACACAGGAGCAGUGUGGACUUGAACCCAGACGUUUUAUUGAUGCAGUUGUACUCUGAGAUCCUUUGUUCCUCUCCCCAAUCUAGACUUGGACCUUCCAAAUAAUGAGCGACCUCUUUCUCUUCAAGCAAACAAACUAUCUUACAUUUAUUUGUGUUGAACCAAAUUUGCCAAUUAUUUACCCAUUUUUCAAGUUCAUAAUAUCCUCAUAAAAGUUGUUAGAAUUUUCUUUGGUCAUGAAAAAUUGAUGUCUGUGCAAAUUGUGUUUUAAACCACUUUGGAAACAUACAAUUUCUAAAAGUCCACCUAAAUUCAUCUAAAUCCCAUCUAGUUUCAUCUAAAUUUAUAACAGAUCCCUAUCUGCUCUGGAUUACUUCCCAUUAACAGAUCCAAAAGGGAAUACUAAUUUGGUGAGCUUCUUCCAUUUUGAGUGAGAAAGGAGUCCUGUACACAUGGGAGAAAUUCUAGUUCAAAAUUAAUAUCAAGCUAGUUGAAAUCACCUUGUUUUUUUUUGACUCAAUUCCUGAAUUUAUUUAUGCAUUUCCCUUUGCAUUGUUAGCUGGGCUGUAGAUUGACCCUUAAUUAUCUUUGUCCAUGGAGCUCUACAUUUUCCUUGGUCAUAGCUACAUUUUUUUUUGUACUGCCAUUAUAUUAGACCUUAUUGUUUACAUCUUAAACAAAAAGGCCUUUAUAUUUUUAAACCUUCACAUAUUAUUUUAAAUGUCAAUGCUGCUCCUGAAUCAAUAGCAAAUCUUCUGACAUGAAAGAAUGAGGUGUUUUUUAUUGCAUAUACAAGUUUGCAGUUUGAUUUCGGCACUACGUAAGCAUUUAGUAAUUUGUCAAAUCUUGUCACUUAACUUGUACAAACAGUAGGCUGAUGGGUAACAGUUAUAGAAGGUUAUAGACAGAAUCAACUGUUCAUAUGUUAUGACACACCUCUGCACCAGGUUGGACUUGGAACCAAGGCCUCUUGUCCCAGAGUAGGGGCACUCCCAUGUGCAAAUUGUAUGUUUGCAAUUACCUUAAAAGGGUUUAUUUUAAGUUAAAUCUUUUAAAUGAAUGUUUGUUGUAAUUCAUGUUUCCCUUAUUGACUUCAAAUCCACAUCAAAGAUAUUACUUAAUUUUAAUAAAAUGUACUGAAACA